GCCUACCCGCUACUUGAGUGCUUUUUCCCUGCUGCAACCUUUUGAAGCCAUGACCACAGACGGUCGUGGUCUCUCUUGCGUUGAGUCAAUCUGAAAUCCUGCACAAGGAAGUUUUCCUGGUGGAGCUUAUAGAUCAUCCAUCGACGGAAAACAUGAAACAUCUCAAGGCUGUCUUCUUCGUGAGGGUGACAGCGGAAAAUAUCCAUCUCUUGAAGCGACACCUGGCUUCACCACGAUUUGGAGAGUUCCACUUCUUCUUCUCCAACAUAUUGAAGACAACCCAUCUGCAGAUACUCGCAGAUGCGGAUGAGCAACAAAUGGUCAAGCAAGUGCAGGAAUUCUUUGGCGAUUAUCACGCUCUGGAUCCUUACCACUUCACCCUCGACCUGCCCCAGAACCAUUUGUGCAUGAUGACAUCAGUAUUGGAGCCUGUGAACAUGGGAAAGAUCAUGGAUCGUGUGGUUGAGGGCAUAGCAUCAGUCUUCCUUGCGAUGAAGAAGCGGCCAGCAAUUAGACAUCAGCGAACUUCAGAUAUAGCACGGCGCAUUGCACAGGACUGCAGUAAGCUAAUGUACGAGCAAGAGAGUCAACUGUUUGACUUCAGACGCUCAGAGAAUGCUGCACUGCUGCUUGUGAUGGACCGCCGUGAUGAUCCUGUGACACCCUUGUUAAAUCAGUGGACGUAUCAGGCCAUGGUACAUGAACUGAUAGGGCUGAAACAUAAUCGAGUGGACCUGAGGGGUCGAACAAGGGUUCCGAAAGACCAACAGGAAGUGGUGCUAUCAUCGGAGCAGGACCCGUUCUUCAAGGCAAACAUGUUCGAGAACUUUGGCGAUUUGGGCAUGAACAUCAAGAAAAUGGUGGAUGAUUUUCAGCAGCGUGCAAAGAGCAAUCAGAAUCUUCAGAGCAUAGAGGACAUGGCGCGCUUCGUGGAGAACUACCCAGAAUAUCGAAAACUGUCGGGCAAUGUCUCAAAACAUGUCACUUUGAUGUCAGAGCUGAGCCAGAUUGUGGACGAGAGACAGCUGAUGUCCGUUUCGCAGACAGAACAGGAACUGGCGUGCAAUUCAGGUCAGGCUGCCGCUUUUGAGGCUGUUAUGGGACAGCUUGACAAUCGAAUGGUUACAGACCUGGACCGGUUGCGGCUUGUCAUGCUAUACUCGUUGCGGUAUGAAAGAGAUAACUCAAGGCAACGGGAGCAGCUCAUGACCAAGCUGGCAUCGAAGCCUUCAAAGUUCAAACCAGGGCUGGUGUACACACUCCUCAGACAUUGUGGCAUGGAGAAGAGGACUGGUGACCUUUUUGGAAAUCGGGAUAUCUUCAACAGGGCGCAGAACAUGGCACGAAGACUGAAAGGGGUGGACAAUGUAUAUGCCCAGCAUCAGCCACUACUGUCCCAGAUCAUCGAGAAUAUCACAAAGGGCCGAGUGAAAGAUGUGGAAUAUCCUUUUGUUGGAAAACCCCUCGUCGGCCGGCCGUCGGAAGUUGUGGUAUUCGUCGUGGGCGGAACAACAUAUGAGGAGGCUCGGGCGGUGGCAUUGAACAACGCUGCGAACACAGGAGUUCGUGUACUGCUAGGAGGAACGACCGUUUUGAACUCUGCAAGCUUUCUCACUGAUCUGGAGGAGCUUCACGCACUGGAACGCAGCAGUCAGCCGCAUUGACUUUUUGACCGGUCGGCAGGCAGCGUUGAAAGGGUCACUCACAAUUUUUUGAGCAGUCGGCAGCGUUGAAAGAAUCAUUCAGAUAUAUCUAUGAGCUGGUGGUACAAUAAGUUCCACCUUGGGAUUUUUUUUUUUUUUUUUAAUCUUUUCAAGGGUAUGUGGCAUGUGCAGUUUACCUCGAUCGUCAAAAAAAAAAAAAAAAAAAAAAGAAAAAGAAAACGGUCGGAAAAUUCGAAGCCAAAGCCCCUCUCUACCAACUGCUGCUUAGGGACGCAAAGCCGCUCUCUGUGAUCUGGAUGUGUUCUUGAUGGGCACUCUGCCUACUGUGCUCCUACUGUGCAGCUGUGCCGGAGAGAUUGCGCUGCUCUUCUCCCGCGGGCGUCCAGGGGCUUCUGGUCUGCCGCACUCUGACAGGCUCUUCAAUGGUUGCAAUAAGAGUACUGUCUUCCCCCGAACAUAACGCGUAUGUGUUGUAAACGAAUAUACAAUGCAUAAGAUGCUUUCUAUUCGAGUACAACGCAUACGCGUUCUAUCUGAACAGCUGGUAUAUUAGAGUACAACGCCCAUGUGUUCUAUUCGAAUCAUCAAAUUGUUUUUUCAAAAACUCGAAUACAAUGCAUGUGCGCUAUGCGCUAUGUCAGGGGAAGAUGGUAGCAGUGGGUGACACGAAAAUAUUGAAAAUAAAUUUAAAUAAUAAAUUUAAUAAAUUAAUAAUAACGAG